CAGUAGCUGGUUUCGCGGGCCCCGCCCAUUUUCGCCGGGGAGUGAGGGAAGACACUCGGAGGUUCGACCUAGCCUUUCUCCCGGAAAGGCUGGAUAACCAUUGAGAGCCUUGGCUCCCCCCAGCUCCCAGAAGGGCGGGGGAUCCGAUUCGUCAGAGCCCGCGCCCUCCUCGUGUUCUUUCCCCUCCCCUCUCCCUGCUGUUUUUCCAGUGACUCUCGCGAGUUCUGGGGCUCCCAGGCCGGGAGGCUGCAAUAUGGCGGAGGCCGAAGGGGAGAGCCUGGAGUCCUGGCUGAAUAAAGCCACCAAUCCUUCCAACCGCCAGGAGGACUGGGAGUACAUUAUUGGCUUCUGCGAUCAGAUCAACAAGGAGCUUGAAGGGCCUCAGAUUGCUGUCCGGCUGCUGGCUCACAAAAUCCAGUCCCCACAAGAAUGGGAGGCAAUCCAAGCCUUAACGGUGCUGGAAGCAUGUAUGAAGAACUGCGGGAGGAGGUUUCAUAAUGAAGUGGGGAAGUUCCGUUUUUUGAAUGAGUUAAUCAAAGUCGUCUCUCCCAAGUACUUGGGGGACAGGAUCUCAGAGAAAGUGAAAACGAAAGUCAUUGAGCUGCUGUAUAGCUGGACAGUGGCCCUGCCAGAGGAAUCAAAAAUCAAGGAUGCCUACCAGAUGCUUAAGAGACAGGGGAUUGUGCAGUCUGACCCACUGAUUCCUAUGGAUCGGACACUAAUACCCUCCCCACCACCUCGUCCCAAGAAUCCUGUUUUUGAUGAUGAGGAGAAAUCCAAGCUCCUAGCCAAGUUGUUGAAAAGCAAAAAUCCAGAUGACCUUCAAGAGGCCAACAAGUUGAUUAAAUCCAUGGUGAAAGAGGAUGAAGCUAGGAUCCAGAAAGUGACCAAAAGACUACAUACUCUAGAGGAAGUCAAUAACAAUGUAAAACUUCUCAAUGAGAUGCUGGUUCAUUAUAGUAAGGAGGACUCAUCAGAAGCAGAUAAAGAACUCAUGAAGGAGCUUUAUGAUCAGUGUGAAACCAAGAGGAGAACAUUAUUCAAAUUGGCCAGCGAGACUGAAGACAAUGAUAGCAGUUUAGGAGACAUCCUGCAAGCCAGUGACAAUCUUUCACGGGUUAUCAACUCCUAUAAAAAAAUUAUUGAAGGACAGGUCAUUAAUGGUGAGGUGGCUUCCCUAGCCAUAUCUGUCCCUGAAGGAAGCAACCCCUCCAGUAACCUCAACACCCUCAUUGAUCUUGCGGAACUGGAUAUAUCCAGCAGCUCAUCCCUGGUGUUGGCCCCACAACCUGCCCCCCCCUCCUCAGACAUCCCUAUCCUUCCACCCCCUCCACGAAGCUGCUCAUCUAGUCAGACCGAAGCCUCCCCUGGGGCCAGCAGUGUGACCAACUCCCUCUCCUUGUUGGAUGAAGAGCUGUUGUGCUUAGGCCUCGCUGACCCAGCCCCUAGUGUUGCUCCCAAAGAGUCAACAGGGAACAGCCCGUGGAACCUGUACCAGUCAGAUAUAGGAUUUUUCAGCCCAAAGCUGUUGACUAUUGUCUACAACUCCCAGGACAGCCCUUUCCUCCAGUCCUCUACACAGCCCUUGAACAGCUCCCCAGCCCCACUGCCUCCUCCCUUUACGGCUCCUGCUACCAAGGCCAGCGUCCCUGCCCCCAACACAGGCUCAUUCUUGUUCUCCAUGGGACUGGCCACGGCUACACCCCAAAAGGUGGGGCCACCAGCCCCAGGGUACAUCAGCUCAACUGUGGGUGAUAGUUCCCUGUACCAGUUGGAUGUUCUCAACCAGCUUCUGGAAGAGACCAAAGGGCCAUCAGGCUUGGUAAAACCUAUCUCCUCCAGCUUCCACCCUGGGGUCACCUCCCCAAUCAUCCCCAGCAACACUCCAGUGGGGCCACCCGUCUCCUUCUCUACUGGGUCUGGUAGCCCUUUGUUCCAACCACUGCCAUUCCAGCAGGGAAGCCCUCUGAAGGGAAAUGAAGUCUCCCUGACCAAUGUCCACGUCCCAUUGGAAUCCAUUAAACCCAGCAGUGCUCUUCCAGUGACAGCCUAUGACAAAAAUGGCUUCCGCAUCCUCUUUCACUUUGCCAAGGAAUGUCCACCUGGGCGGCCUGAUGUACUGGUGGUUGUCGUAUCCAUGCUGAACACAGCUCCAUUGCCUGUCAAGAGCAUCGUACUUCAGGCAGCAGUGCCCAAGUCCAUGAAGGUGAAGCUGCAGCCUCCAUCAGGAAUAGAAUUAUCACCAUUCAACCCUAUACAGCCACCUGCAGCCAUAACCCAAGUUAUGUUGUUGGCCAACCCACUGAAGGAGAAGGUAAGGCUACGUUACCGCCUGACUUUUGCCCUUGGGGAUCAGCUCAGCACAGAAGUGGGUGAAGUGGACCAGUUUCCCCCAGUGGAACAAUGGGGGAACCUAUGACCUAUCAGGACAGCUAUGAUCGCUGCCAGGUGGACAAGGGAUGCUGCCAGCUACACCAGAAAGGGAGAUGCCUCAAAUGCAGUCCUGCUUUGUUCCUCAACCACAGUGCUUGAGUGCAUAGUGCUUAAGAACAGAACAUGAGACCUGGGCAGUGCUAAACUGGCCACUCCUUCUUGGUCUUAAAGGGAACCACCCCCCCACCCACCUCUUUUUUCCUACUUCUACUCUAGUAAUAACUUGGAAAUAAUGGUACAGUUGAGGGGCAAAGUACAGCCAACUGCUGAGGUGGGUGGUUCCCUCCUCUUCUAAGCAAUAUCUGGCCUGGAUCAUUUUCUUCGCUAGUUCCAUGAGGAAGAACUGUAGAGAAAGAUGUUUCCAGAUCUUCUGUCCUCAAUUUAACACCUGGUUUGUUGCCACCACCAAAGACCCCUUAGCACAGGGAGUAUUCUGACCAAACCCUCUAACUGCUUCCUCAGUGUUAUAGGCUGGAAGUUGAUGGGAAAUGUCACAAGGGUAAUGAGCUGUCUUGUAUUAUUUCUGGUGUCUGCUGGCUCUGUGCUGUAGCUAGUUAUAGCAAGAGAGCUAACUAGACAGCAGAGAAAGUUAAAGCAACCAGUGUUCCCCCAGUGCAGGGAGAGGGGAACGUGCUAGUUCUAGGCCUGGGCCAAUGAACUCUGGUAUAGAAAUGAUACCUUUUCUCCCUGCUUAGUGCAGAAUAAAGAACUGCCUCCCUAUCCUGCCACUCAGGCUUCUGAAGAAUGCUUCUACAUACACUUUGUAGCACACUUGGAUGUAUAGAUAAUAUCAGCAAGUUGCACUAGGCUUUGUCCAUGUCCAAAGUUGCAAGUGACUGUCUGGCCCCGCCACCCUCCUUGCAAGUGUCUGGGCACCAUUACCAUAGUGUUGGGCCUGGAGGAAGAGCUGAUGAAAGGAGAGAUUCACUGGAGCUCACCUACCAGCAACUGGCCCUGCUUGUAAGACUUUCUAACUGCCUUUCUACAGGGGGAAAAAAAAAAAGGACAAAUGGUAGCUAACUACAUCCCUUGUUCUUUCCCAGCCAACAUUAAAUCUCAGUUUAGCUCCUGUAUGCCCAUUUAGAAAGCAGGUUUCCCUGUUCAGAUAUAGAAGUGAACAAAAUGACAUAAGGAAUACCCGGACUUUUAAUGGUGUGGCAAUGUAGAAGCUUCAGGCACUGAACCUAAUGAAUGUAAUUUGUAUGUUGAGGUUGCAGCUGAACUAUACAUUCUGCCUCUGAUGCACUGGUUUUGCUGCAUGUCAAAUAAACAUUUUCUGUAGAUUUGACUCCACUUGGAAGCUUUAAUAUGUAUUUAUAGGGGGAAAGGGUUCCCAGAGAUAUGGCCCAUGUGAACAAAUGAUACAGCUAUGAUAACAGUAGAAUCCUAGGCCAAAAUUACACCUGGACAACUGAAAAAGAAAUUGUGUCUUCUCCCUCUCAUGGCUCACAUCAUCUUUACUGACUAGACAAAGGGAUGUCCUUUUAUCUUUAAAAGAAAGCAUUUAUUUAAAAACAAACAAACAAAAAACAUCCACCACCAUACAAAGUGAAGUUCCUGGUCGGUUUCAUGAGCCUUCCAAGGUUCCCUCCUUCACUAUCGCCCGUGCAAGGUUUCGUGCAAGGGCAAGUCUCAGCAUUUCCACUUUGGUUGUCUCGACGUCAUCCUCCUAGAAGCACAGUUUGUUAGGAGAAGCUCCUCCUACCCCUCUCUCUGCAAGCCUCCCCACCUUAACUGGGAUCCAGGUACCUGGGAUCGUUGGCCCCCAAGCUUUCUGGGCUCUGGUCUUCCUACUGUCAGGUCCUCAAGGCACUGCAUCAGCUCAUAGGUUUGCUCAGCAGCAAAGAUGACCUAAGGAAGUUUUAGGAGAGUUGUAUUCCUUAUGAGGAGCUGGGGAUAAAGGUCUAACAUAGGCCAAGCCUAUAAUUUUCAAAUGAUGGAGAGGUACAAUCAGCUGGGCAGAACCUGACAGCUCCUAAAUUCACACUCUAUACCAACCCCCCCAAUUCCCCACCCUUCUGGAGCUCUGUCGGCAAUUCUAGGGCAGGGUCUCAACUGCCAGAUGCCAAAUCAGUUUAAAAGGAGGAAACAUUAAAUCUGCAGCUAGUGUUACAUUUAAGUCCUGAAAAAAGGCAAAUAAUUAUUGGACUGUGCAAUAUAGCUUCUGAAGUACCAAAAUUUAUAGAAAGUAAAGAUCAUUGUGGGCUGACACCUGUUUCUGUUCUAGUAGUGGAAGGGCAUCGGUCAGUAGCGUCAUCCAGAAGGAUCGAGGGGCAAUUUGGGAAGUCAUCAGUGACAGCAACAGGGAGGCAGCAUCAGCAAAGCGCUUUUCUCCAUACAAGCGGUGAAACUCGCGGUACUUUCCU